AUGUUUGCUCUUUAUCUCACAGCUGAGCUCAACGGAGUCACAAAUCUCCGUCCUGAUGAUAGCGAGGGUAACCCCUUCUGGUACACUUUCAAAGUCCAGUGCACAUCCUGUCGCGAAGUUCAUGACAAGACCGUCGGUGUCAACCGCUUUGACGAAAAUGAAAUGAGCGGCAGCAGAGGCGAGGCCAACUUCGUCUGGAAAUGCAAAAACUGCAAGCGCGAGUCUUCGGCUUCCGUCAAGGCCGCACCGGCUUCGUAUGCACAGGGCGAGCCCGCGAAGCAGCAAAAGAUUCUCGAGUUCGAUUGCCGUGGACUUGAAUUCACCGAGUUCAUCCCCGAGGGUGAGUGGCUCGCCGAGGGCAUUGAUUCCAACAGCAAGUUCACUGCCAUUGAGCUCACGGACGGCGAAUGGUAUGACUAUGACGAGAAGGCAGGAGAGGAAGUGAGCAUCAAGGAUCUGAAGUGGGAAGUCAAGCGCGCUUGA